UGUUUUCAGUACGGUUUCGAUACCUCCGCGCAUGCGCAGUGAGAGGAUAGGCGGUGUCCUGACGCCAUAGUUGUCAAUAAACAAGGCAUUUAAACGGUGAGCUGUCACUAAACCGAAACAAGCUGGAGAACCGGGGCUUUAGUUAAGAGGGGUGUACGGCGAUGCUGAGAGAUGCAGCAUGUCUCUAAAAGGAACAUCAACCCCCAUGCUGUUGGAGAAGAAGUCAUCUCCUUGAUGUCCAUCAGGAAUGGAGGACCAGAGCUGAACUUCACGGAGACGCUCCCUACAGAGAUGAGCGUGAGGAUCUUCGGCGAGCUGGACAUGAGGAGCCUGUGUCGCGCCUCGGUCACCUGCAAGCGCUGGAACGUGAUCAUCGAGGGCAGCGAUAACCUGUGGAGGAGCCACUGUCUGAGCACGCUGGCCGUCUGCCACAGGGAGGUGGACGGGGACCGGAGCGACGGACUGUCCUGGAAGGUGACUCUGGUGCGUAAUUACCAGAAGAGCUGCGUGAAGAGAAGAUGGUUAAAGGGAAAGUACAGCAACAUCCUCUGCGCUGAAGAUCUGCCCCCGAACAGUAUGUGUCCUCUGGAUGUGGAGACCUGGGGGGAAAUCCUGGAGGCAGAGCUCGAGAGAUAAAGAACAGACUUUUCCAGUGAUGAUGAAAUGCUGUAUGGACUACCUGCUGAGCACAAACAUAUCUGAAGCACUUGAUUUUACUCUUGACUGUGUAAAUAUGUAUUUUUUAAAAACAUUUUAAAGCGUAUGCUUUGUGUUAAAAAAUGAUUGAUGAAUGUUAGAAUUGCCAGGAUUUUUUGGCGUGAUUUUUUUCUUAUUCAUGCAGUUAAUCAGGACGGACUCUCGUUAUUUAUAUAGUGAGAAAAUUGUCAGAAAGGAGAGAUGGAACUGUAAAUCAAAGAUUUCAAAAUGGAAUACGCGUCACCUCGUUUUAUAAUUUCUUUCAUCAACAAUGAAAUUUUUUUAUUUUUAAGUUGUUUUUAUGUACUGUUAACAACUGAAAUCACUUCAUUAUUAUUAUUAUUUGAGUAUUUUUUUUAAAUGUAAUAUAUUACCUAUAUGUUAAAUUAUCUUGCUAAUCUUCAUAUCUAAUGUUGCCACUAUUGCAUGAAAAAAAUCUCACAAUAUACUAUGCUGCUCUUUUUUUUCAUUUCUUUUCAUUAAAUUCAAAACUUGAAUAAUGAACUUUUUCUUUUGAUGCAUUUUACUAAUUUCUUUUUCUUUUUAAGCAGAACUAAAGUAAAACCCAUUUAAAUGUGUGCCGCAUGUCAAUUUGGGGAAAAUGUAAAUCAGGUUUUAUAAUAACAGAGAGAAAAUACCUCAUUUAAUGCAAACGGAUCAAUCGUCAGAUAUUUUCAUGAUGUAAAUGAUGUUGUCUGAAUUGAUUAUUGAUCUGAAAUGCAUAAGGGGAAAGUGUUGAUUACAUAUUCAGGAUAUUUUGCAUUUAGGGCAUUGGGCAGGUUAUUUAUCCUUUAACUAAUGAAGAAAGAACAAAACAAAUUUGUGAUAUGCUUCUACACAUUAAAAAGUGCUAAACUAGGAUUU